AUGGCGACACUCACAGUGCAUGGAUCGCUAGCGCUGCGAUCGUCGUCCGCUCUGAGCGAAGCCAGCUCCCCUCUUUCAUCGAGGCCCUUGGCCGCCUCGUCUGCUCGGCCCGUCGCGUCUCUCUCUCUGCGAUCGCCGUUCCUUCACUGCUCAUGGCCAUCAGCAGCAAAUGCAGCUGCCUCGAAGAGUUCACGGGUGGGAGGGCACGCAUCGGCAUCUCCAUCGCAACGUGCGGCCUCUCGAGUGAGAGCAGCGGCGAGUGAAGCGCAUGAUUCUCAACCAGCGGAUCAUGAACGACAGCCUGAGACGAAGCAGGCCGUCCGGGUCUCGUUAAGGCAACCCCAGCGCGUGCCGCUGGAGGCCAUUCAACGCGUGGCGAGGGAAGCCGUUGCCGCAGCGCAGCUCUACUGCGCCGACUUCAAACGAGUACCAGCGGGGCACUGGUCGGAGAUAGUCCGCGCGGGGUGGACGGGGCUCGUCGCGGGGUGCCUGCACACGCUCACGGGUCCGGACCACCUGGCGGCGCUCGCGCCGCUCACCAUCGGGCGCAGCCGCGUGCAGUCCGCGGUGAUCGGCGCGCUGUGGGGGUGCGGGCACGACGCGGGGCAGGUGAUGUUCGGAGUGCUCUUCCUGCUGCUAAAGGAUAAGCUCCACCUGGACCUUCUCCGCGUGUGGGGCUCGCGCAUCGUCGGCGCGACGCUGCUCGCGAUCGGCGCGCUGGGGAUCUACGAGGCGCAGCACGCGACUGAGGAGGAGCUCGCGGCCGUCGCGCGUGGGGAGGGGGAGGGGGAGGCCGCGCUCGCGGCGGCAGGCGGGGUGGCUGGCGCGGGAGGGAGCGCGUCGCUCGCAGGGCCGAAAGCGCACUUUGGAAUCGCGACGUUCGUGACGGGCGUGGUGCACGGCCUGCAGCCGGACGCGCUACUCGUCGUUCUCCCCGCGCUGGCCAUGCCGUCGAGAGCGGCGGGGGCGGCGUUCCUGGUGCUGUUCCUGCUGGGAACGGUGCUGGCGAUGGGCAGCUACACGGCGUUCAUCGGGUCGUGCAGCAGUGCGCUCAAGGAGCGCGUUCCUGGGUUCACCAAGGGCCUCUCGUGGGUCGCUGCGCUCAUGGCUAUCGCGUUCGGAGCGGUGAUUUUGCUUGGGGAGGUGUUUGGGUUCCAGCUGUUUUGA